GCCUGAAGCUAACCGUGCUGCUCAGAGUACAGCUAAAUACAAAAGCUGGCAGUACACGGAGCUUCAGAUUUAUCCUUGUCUGUUUUCUCGGUUUUUCUCUGCUUCUUCUGCAUCUCUCCUGUCACGGCGCCACAGUCAGGAUCUUGGAAAGGGAAAAUAACAUCUGGCCACAGGGAAGUUAUUGAGAGAUCAUUGGUUGUCAAGGAGAUUUCACGGUGCAGGCAAUUGUUUGCAGGCCCUUUUCUUCAUUUAUUACCAGCCCCCUCUGUCAGAAUGGAGGAUCAAGGCCUAGUCAGAACACAGACCAGUCUCUGAAUUUCAGCGUAAAUGGCUGCAAACAGUACGGAGCGAGGUGCAGCCUGCCUCACGAGGCUUUCCCCAGUGGUGUGGCGCUUUCCUCACUCGACUUUGAAAGGAUGGGGCGGAGGGAAUCAAGGUUGUCAACAGGACAUCAAAGGCCAGUACUGGACCGAUGAUGAUUCUGAUGGAGACAAUGAUUCUGACGAAUUUCCUUAUGGUGUGCAGGGGAGCUGUGCAGCUGAUCUAUACCGACACCCACAGCUCGAUGCAGACAUUGAAGCGGUGAAAGAAAUUUAUGGAGAAAAUUCUGUCUCUGUCAGGGAGUAUGGGACGAUUGAUGAUGUGGAUGUGGACCUGCACAUUAAUAUGAGCUUUCUUGACGAAGAGAUAGCAACAGCCUGGAAGGUGGCAAGGAUUGAGCCCAUGGUACUCAGGCUGAGAUUUUCUCUGUCUCAGUACCUGGAUGGACCUGAGCCAUCGGUAGAUGUUUUCCAGCCAUCCAACAAAGAGGGAUUUGGUCUUGGACUUCAGCUGAAGAAAAUCCUAGGAAUGUUCACAUCUCAACAGUGGAAGCACCUAAGCAAUGAUUUUCUGAAACGCCAACAAGAGAAAAGGCAGAGCUGGUUCAAAUCGAGUAGUAGAGUGAAGAAAUUUCGAUCUGGGCUCAGCAUCUUCUCAUCAAUCCCAAAAUCUCCAAGCUUUCCCCUCAUUCAGGACUCCAUGCUGAAGAGCAAACUCGGGGUGCCAGAUCUCCGAGUCAAUCGUAUCAUUAAUCGUUCCAUCUCUUGCACCAUGAAAUCGCCCAAAGUGGAGCUGCUUGGAAUCCCCUCGACUAAUCAGGCUGGGAGCCACUGCAAGAACAUUCCAACGUUAGAAUACGGCUUUCUUGUACAGACCAUGAAGUAUGCAGAGCAGAGGAUUCCCACUCUGAAUGAAUACUGUGUUGUGUGUGACGAGCAGCAUGUCUUCCAGAAUGGGUCAAUGUUGAAGCCUGCGGUUUGCACUCGGGAACUAUGCGUUUUCUCAUUCUACACACUGGGAGUGAUGUCUGGAGCAGCAGAAGAAGUUGCCACUGGAGCAGAGGUGGUAGACCUGUUGGUUGCAAUGUGUCGAGCUGCUCUGGAGUCUCCGAGGAAAAGCAUUAUAUUUGAGCCCUACCCUUCUGUUGUGGACCCAAGUGAUCCCAAAACCCUUGCGUUCAACCCCAAGAAGAAGAACUAUGAGAGGCUACAGAAAGCACUGGAUAGUGUAAUGUCCAUCAGAGAAAUGACACAGGGGUCAUACCUGGAAAUCAAGAAACAAAUGGACAAGCUGGACCCACUGGCUCACCCAUUGCUACAAUGGAUUAUCUCCAGCAACAGGUCUCACAUUGUGAAACUACCACUCAGCAGACAGUUGAAAUUCAUGCACACCUCGCACCAGUUCCUCCUGUUGAGCAGCCCCCCAGCUAAGGAAGCACGUUUUCGCACUGCCAAAAAGCUCUAUGGCAGCACCUUCGCUUUCCAUGGAUCACACAUUGAGAACUGGCAUUCUAUUCUGAGAAAUGGCCUCGUCAAUGCUUCUUAUACAAAAUUGCAACUGCACGGUGCAGCCUAUGGCAAAGGAAUCUAUCUGAGCCCAAUCUCCAGCAUUUCUUUUGGAUACUCAGUUAUAACUUCAAAAGAUCUCCAGAAACAUGGGAACAUCUGGGUCUGCCCUGUGUCUGAUCAUGUCUGCACUCGCUUCUUUUUUGUGUAUGAAGAUGGGCAAGUUGGUGAUGCCAACAUCAACACUCAGGAUCCCAAAAUCCAGAAGGAAAUUAUGCGUGUGAUUGGAACUCAGAUUUACACAAGCUGAGUCCUAGAGGGAUGCUUAAGAAAAAUUCCAAAGGAUUCCCCCCACAGACUUGAGACCUGUCACAGUCAUUCCCAAUCUUCCUAUCCUGGCUUUUGCAAGGAGUCUUUAUAAAUAUUUUCAGCAGAAAAAGCUUUUUAUAAAGCCAGGAUAAGAGAGAUGUCUGUUUGUCCUUCAUGAUGCAUCAGUGCUGUG